UUUGUGCGAAGGCGGGGAGCAACAAACAGAAGGUUACGAGUUUAAACAAUUGGAUUAUUUUGCAUUUCAACCGGCUUUUCGACGGAGUUAUCGGGCCGAACUAUGUCUGGGACCUAACCGGAGCUUGUUGGGGCGCUUUGGGGCGGUUAAGGGGGACGUUUGGGAGGCGUUUUGGGGCUUUUUUUUUUUUUUUUUUAGGGCAUUUUGCUGCUUAGCUGUAGCUGCGUCAUCAUGUCGCCAACGACUCCGAAAAGAAAUCACAAGUUAACACCAGAGAUGCUGCUACAGCCCCCAAAACCCUCACCUGACCUCUGAUUUACCUGGCAGACAGGCUGGGGCGGUGCAGGUCUGGUUUAUGUGCCAUUUAUAGUCACUUUACGCAAUACUGUCGGCUUAUUUUACCAUUAUUAUUGUUAUUAUUAUCAUAAUAAUCACCAUAAACAUUACUUGGGUGGAGGGGAAAGCAUUUAUGUUGAUGUUACUUUUAAAUCAGGGCGUGGGAAAUGCUUUGAAAGUGUGUUUUGAAGGCAGGAAGUGUAACUACUGAUUGUCACGACUGUUUUGAUGGGAAUGAAAAAGAUGCUCACCUGGACAGGUAGGAAUCAAAGCAAUCCCGAAAAGCUGAUUCCCACAGCCCAGUGAGAGAUCUGAUGGUUAAUUAUCACUAAAUGGCUUUAAUUUGUUAAGAUUUCGGUUAAAGGAGGGCGUCAGGGUGUUUUUUUUUUCUUUUUUGUGAUCUGCUGUCACCACAUCCACGUGGACUUGUGAAGUUUGACUGAAGGUGGAAAGAGAGAGAGAGAGAGUUGUUGCUCAAAAAAAUACAAAAAAUGACUAGUGACUACACCCAUACCGGGGGGUUUCGUCCGUCCAAACCCCGGGCGGGUGGAGGCAUGCAGCCCGCCGGGAGGGGAGCCCACGCUCGGCGGUCCCCCAACUUCGAGCUGAUCGACGGGCUGCUGUACCGCAAGAAGCUGGAGAGAGGGUUCAUGAACUACCGGGAGGUUCUGAGCGAGGACUGGCGACAUGAGGCCGUCUCCACCUUCCACCAGAGGAGACCCGGGCAGCGACACCUCUCCCUGGAGGAGACCUACAAAUGUGUGGCUGAAAACUACUGGUGGGAGGGAAUGUACUUCCAGAUCAGAGACUUUGUACUCAGCUGUUCAUGGUGUCAAAAACGACGCAGUAAGAAAUCGGAGGAGCUGAAGGGCCAAGGAUGUGUCACGAAGACGAUAAUGACACACGGCGCCGACGUACUGAGCAAGCUGAGGAGUCAGCGGGAGGCGGGGCUGUUCUGUGACACCACCCUGCGGACGAGCGGGCGAUCCUUCUCGGCCCACAGAGCCGUUCUGGCAGCCGUCAGCGAUCACUUCCACGAGAUCUUUACAGAAAUGGACUCGAGCAAGAGGGCAGACAUAGAUCUCACUGGCUUCAGUGAGGAUGGUCUUUUGUCUCUGCUGGACUUCUCCUACUCCUCCACUCUGUGUGUUCGUCAGGAAGACUUACCUGAGGUUUGUGCCAUGGCCCGUCACCUGGGCAUGUGGCCUGCCGUGGAAGCCUGCUCUGCUCUCCUCAAAGAGCAGGGGCAGAUCCAUCCCUGCAAAGCCUUUCCCUCGCCCUGUGCCGGCGCAUACCGCGAACACCAUCGCCAGAAAAGGGAAGAGGAUUUGGGAUGCAACAAUAUGAAUGAAAGCUUUAGUCUAACGCUGGAUACAUCAGAUGACUCUUUACAAGAAAGUCCGAGGCGCAAUCUGCGCAGGACGCCCAAAUCUCAAGGCCAUAACGGCCUUCCUAUGAGUCCCUCGCACAGGAUGAAGCUCAUGGACUUCAAGUCUCCCUCCUCCAAAAAGGCCACUACACCCCAUCAUGCCGUACCCACAUCCCAGUCAACGAGUUACUCGGCCAUAUCGCAGCCGAACGCCCGUCUCCUCCGCUCUUCUCCCGGUGCUGCUAAGGAGGUUCAGAGGUUGCUGCCCAUGGCGGAGACGCCGCGGAAGAGCAGAAAGUCCAACUGUAUCACAUCUAGAUUCAGGCCCAGCACUGCCUGCAGUCCUGCGAGGGUUAAACAAGAGGCAGAGGAGGUUGGAGAGGACGAGCAGGAUUUUGCAAGAGCGCAGGAGAAGUACAAGCUCAUGAACGUCUUAGGACUGCAGAGGACUGCUCUUCUUCCCAGACCGGAGGAUCUGAUUGGCUGGAGACAAAAGAAACGCCUUAGGAAGCUAAAGGUCAACAACUAUUCACUCACCCAGCGGCGGAAACCCCGUCCGACGUCCCCCGUACUGUCGUACGGUGAAAUAGCUUUGUCACUCCCUCUCUGUAACCCUGUUACUACCCGACUCAUAAGCAAGUGUGCGAAGAUUAAGCCUGGGUGCCCCAUCGGCGCAGAGCUGAUCACCGCUAAGAAGCAGAAAAGGGUCAAACAGCUUGUUCCUCCCACUGACCGGAGCAUGCGGAGUAAAGGGGGGCUACCGGACCUGUUCCACCAUGCUGCCUUUGGUGGGCGAGAGCUCAGACGCUCCGUGAGGAAGGGGGAAGACGGCCACCUCCACUCCCACCAGCCUCGGCGACACAGCAGCAGCAGCAGCAGCAGCAAGACUCACAACAAGACCAACACAGUCAGGAUCAAAGCCGAACCAGCCGAAUACUCCAUCUCAGGUUUUAAACUUCUGUCGGACAAUCACAGCGAACACGUAGCUCACACAUCCUUACCGUCACAGCGGACACAAGUCUGUGUAGAAACCACGAAGACGCCGCGCUACAACAGCAGCCGACUGGCGACCAAAGCCAAAAUCAGGCGCGGCUCCAGGAAGGAGACAAACGAGAUGAAAUGUAAGGCCAGAGAGGACGCACGGAAAGUGGGGAGCCAAGGUCCAAAAGUGAAAGAUACCGAGCCCAACGGGCUCCAGGUGUCAGAGUCUCCGUCACCCAUUUACCAACAUCCUCUGUACAAAGCCAUUAAAGAGGAGCCGGCAGAACCGGUGCCUGUUGUCGGCCCGUUUCCCGACCCGCCCUCGCCGGACCUGGGCAAGCGCCAGAGCAAGCCCCCCAUCAAACUGUUGGACUCAGGGUUUCUGUUCAGCUUCUGUCGGCCAGCGGGGGGGCCCAUGGCGGGGCUGAAGAAGGAGGAGGAGAGUGUGGAUAUCUGCCUGACGCGCUCGGUGUCGCGGGUCGGGCAAACAUUCGAGGCGGAAGAGUCUCCACACAGAUCGCUGCGAGCCAGAGGCACUCCGGUCAGGACUGCGGUGAAGAGGGAAAAGACGGAGAAGAGGGUGACGGAGCGCAAGGCUCAGAAACGGAAGACAACGUCCCAAAACACUGCUCCAGAUCCGACCAGACGUGCCGGGUCAAAACCUUCAAAGACGAUGCCAAAAGUAAAUAAUAAGCAACAAAGUAAACUCACUGAUACGGGCAGCAAGAGCUGUGUGGUGCUGGAUGCCGUACGUCGUGCUCGCCUAAAGCAGCUCCGAGGGCCUCGCAGUCAAGCUCCCAAAGUUCCCAAAGCGGCCCACGCGUGUCCACAGUGUCCGGCUGCCUACCAGGACUGCGACGCUCUCAUCAUGCAUCGCAUCAGGCACAUUGAGGGAAAGCACUGGCCUUGUCCGCUCUGCAGCAAGACAUUCUUUCGACUGAAGAAUGUCAGGAAUCACAUCCGCACCCACGACCCCAAGUUGUAUAAAUGCCGGAGCUGCAUCGUUGCUGGUUCGUGAGGCGGCUGCUGGAGGACUGAGGCUGAGGAUGAAGGUUGUUGGAGUCUCUUCGCCACCUGAGAGCCUGAAGGACGCGAUGGAUCUGCAGCUUGUACAUAAUGUAUCCGUCAAGAACGAGCACGACGGUUUGUGGGGAAGGCGCACCUCCUCCGGAUCAACGCGGUCGCCGCUGUCGAUUGGGCGCCGUUCCCGUUUUGCUUUUCAAUUAAUUACGGACGGUUCAACUUGAACGUUACACUCAGGGGCGGGGAAUGCGAUGCCACGGUAUAAAGUGAUUCAACGUCACGACUGUGUACAAAAUGAAUUGUAAAGUGAUUGUUAUAACUAUUCCUGCUACUUGUUACCUUUAUUUUUUUAAUGUAAAGAUAAUUGUUGAAGCACUUAUAGCUUGAGUUGUAAACCUAAGAAGCAGGAAUGAGACUGACGGUUGGAAGUCCGAGGUGGGAAUACUUGAAGCGAUGCGAGUGCUGGAGCCUCUCCUUUGAUUCUCAGUACGUCUUUGUCGGUCGGUGUGUAGACUUUGAAAUGACCAGUCUGUCCGUAUUGAUCUGCUACUCUUUCACGGUCCGUGAUCGGUGGGUUGGGGACUGGGGGGGUGGGGUGGGGGGGGCUUAUGCGCUGACGCCACUGCAUGUGUAUUUGAAGAUGGUUUGUAGUCCGCUGUCUUUUCUAAACCUGACUGUUUUCAAAAAAAAAAGGGAAACGUGUCUCGUUUUUAAUGUGAAUUUCUUAAAAGUAAACAAGGCAACUGCAUCAUCAGAGAUGUUUUAUUCAUCUCGUCCUCCUCCUUAAUGUCAGCCAUAAUCUUGCUCAACUUAAACUUCUCCUCCUACUGAGUAAAUGCAAUGUGCACAUACAGAGAUGUUUAUGUAUCAAAUUGAUUUUAGAAAUAAAUGAGCUGUCUCUUGGUAUCUGUUAAAAGACUGAAUAAAUUUUUUUCCUUUU